UCUCCCUUUUCUCCUUCCUAUUUUCACGUUCACAGCUUAAUUUCCCAUAAAGAAGUAAACAAUAUAUGGCAAUUCAGCAACAUUCACCUCUUAAGCUUGAACCAUGGAAUGACUUGAAAGGCAAAGUGGUGAUGGUGACCGGAGCAUCUGCAGGGCUUGGUCGUGAGUUCUGUCUCGAUCUCGCUAGAGCUGGAUGCAAAAUCAUCGCUGCAGCACGCCGAACCAAUAGACUCCAAUCUCUUUGCGAUGAAAUUAAUCAACUCGACUUUUCAAUCUUGUCAUCGGCACUCACCUCCCCUAUGGGUGCAGUUGAGAGCCGCCGAGCCGUGGCUGUGGAGCUUGAUGUUUGUGCGAAUGGAAAGAGUAUUGAGGAGAGUGUAACAAAAGCUUGGGAUUAUUUUGGAUUCAUUGACACAUUGGUUAACAAUGCUGGUAUAAGAGGGAAUGUGAAGUCUCCACUUGAACUGAGUGAGAAAGAAUGGGAUGAUACUAUGGCAACAAAUCUUAAAGGACAAUGGUUGGUAUCAAAAUAUGUAUGCAUACUCAUGAACAAAGCCAAUAGAGGUGGGUCAAUUAUCAAUAUUUCUUCCAUUAGUGGUCUCGAUAGAGCACUACAGAGGGGAGCACUUGCUUAUAUUACUUCAAAGGCUGCCUUAAACACUCUGACUAAGGUUAUGGCCAUGGAAUUAGGAGAACACAAUAUUAGAGUGAAUUGUAUUUGUCCUGGACUGUUUAAAUCUGAAAUUACAAAAGAUCUUAUGGAAAAAGAUUGGAUUAAGAAUGUAGCUAGGAGAAUGAACCCUUUAGGAACAUUUGGAACUUCAAAUCCAGCAUUAACGACGACCAUUCGAUACUUGGUGCACGACUCUUCUAAAUACGUCUCCGGUAACAUUUUUAUAGUCGAUUCAGGAAACUCAUUACUUGGUGUUCCAAUCUUCUCAUCCCUUUGAUGAAUUUAUCUUUGCUUUCAGUUGAUAAUUUAUGUAUGAUCAUUUUUACUUGGAAGUAUAAUUUCAUCCACCAUAAAUAAUGAAAUAAUAUACAACGGAAUUUUGAUUUUGUUA